CAAAUCCCGCCUACUAACUUUUCUAAGUAAACGCUGCACCCUCAGCGUUGUGUCUCUCAUAUCAUGUAGAACCUCCACACGUGCACAUGGCGGUAACCAUGGGAUUGCCCUGUUGCCUAGUUCUUAUCUUAUAAUAAGCAAUAUAAUUUAAAUUACCUCAUAAAAUCUCUCAACUAGCCUGGAGUUACAGAAAAGCAAGGCAAGGGUUGCAGAGGACCUAAGUCUCACACAUGGGCAUAUACUAAAAAGAAGAAUGGCUGUGGAUAUGAAACCUGUGUCUGUGGCCAUGGAGGAGAAUGGUUAUAGUACCCCACACAACAGUAGGCCGAAAGGGUCUACUGUCAGCUUCCACAACAUCAACUAUAGUGUUAAGGAAAGCAGAGGACUGUUGUGCAAGAGGAAGAGCACCACCAAAGACAUUCUCAUUGACCUCAAUGGGAUGAUGAGACCAGGCCUCAAUGCUAUUUUAGGAGCUACAGGCAGUGGCAAAUCCUCCUUCUUAGAUGUGCUGGCGGCCAGGAAGGACCCAUCAGGUCUGUCGGGAGAGGUGCUCAUUGACGGAGCUCCUCAACCCCCCAACUUCAAGUGCCUUUCCGGAUAUGUGGUCCAGGAUGACGUUGUGAUGGGAACACUGACAGUACGAGAGAACUUCAGAUUUUCUGCAGAACUUCGGUUGCCCACCAGUAUCAAGUCACAGGAGAAAGAACAGCGGGUGGACAAUCUCAUUAAAGAACUGGGCUUAGAAAAAGUGGCCAACUCACGGGUGGGAACUCAGUUGAUUAGAGGGAUCUCUGGAGGAGAACGCAAGCGCACUAAUAUUGGCAUGGAGCUUCUGAUUGACCCGAGUGUUCUCUUCCUGGAUGAACCCACCACAGGCCUUGAUGCAAGCACUGCGAAUUCAGUGCUGGCAUUACUUAAAAAGAUGGCCAAUAACGGCCGAACCAUUAUUCUGUCCAUCCACCAGCCUCGUUUCUCCAUCUUCCGCGUAUUUGACCAUCUCACCCUGUUGGUGGCAGGUCGACAGGUUUACCAUGGAAGUGCCAAUAACGCACUGCAGUACUUCAAAGACAUUGGCUAUGAAUGUGAGCCACAUAACAACCCAGCUGAUUUUUUCCUUGACGUCAUAAAUGGAGAUGCUACCAAUCAGAAAACUGCAACAGACUCAGAGGUGGCUCCAGAUGGACAGAGGUCUUCUCCGCAGUCUAUAGAGCAGCACCUGGUGGAAGCAUACAAGCAGAGUGCCGACUUCCGUGAGACACAACAGGAGUUGCAACGCAUUACUCAGGGUGGAGGCGCUGACCGUACCGUUGUACGCACCAUCACUUACAACACCUCCUUCUGCCACCAGUUCAAAUGGGUCCUCCAGAGAACGUUCAAGAACCUUAUGCUCAACCCCCAGACUUCAGUUGCUCAGGUUGGAGUAACCGUGUUCUUGGCAUUAAUUGUGGGAGCCAUUUUCUUUGAUGUCAAAGAGGAUCAGAGUGGAAUACAGAACAGAAUGGGAGCUCUUUUCUUCAUUACAACAAAUCAGUGUUUUUCCGCACUCUCGUCAGCCGAACUCUUCAUCACAGAGCGUAAACUGUUCAUACAUGAGUAUAUCAGUGGCUACUACCGUGUGUCCGUCUACUUCUUGUGCAAGAUCCUGUCUGACAUCAUCACACUGCGUACAGUUCCAGCCAUCACAUUCAGCCUUGUGGCCUACUUUAUGAUAGGCUUCAAACCCACUGUUGAUGCAUUCUUCGUGUUCAUGCUUACGGUGGCAUUAGUUGCAUACACAGCAACUGCAAUGACUAUGGCUAUCUCUGCGGACCAGACUGUGGUUGCUAUUGCCAACAUCUUCAUGACCAUCGCCUUUGUUUUCAUGAUGAUCUUCUCAGGACUGCUGGUUAAUCUACCCAGCAUUGCGGUCUGGCUCUCCUGGCUGGGAUAUUUCAGUAUUCCUCGCUAUGGCCUCACUGCUCUUCAGAUUAAUGAGUUUUCAGGAUUGAAAUUUUGUCAGACAGCACCCAAUAUCACCCUUCCACCAGGUGUUUCAUGUACAGGGGAAGACUUUCUCAACAAUCAAGGCAUUGAUUAUUCAACUUGGGGACUUUGGCAGAAUCAUGUUGCCCUCACAAUAAUGACUAUACUUUUCUUGGGUAUUGCCUAUCUGAAACUUCGUUUUAUCAAGAAAUUUACAUAAAAGAGAAGGGCGACCUUAAAUUAGCUGUACCCACACUGUAUACAGGCUCCCAAUCAUAUCAAAAAUGGCAUUCAUGUAAACCCUUGGGCCAAUUGAAAAAAAAAAAACAUA